CGAGCGGGGUUAUUCGUCGUCUUUAGACAUCACUCCGAUUCAGUACGGCUUCAACCGCGCUCGUCAUAAGUUCAAAUAUAUUUUCUGAUUGACUUGCUAAAGCUCAGUUAUAAACCUUUCAUACCAACCCAAAUCACCGGACCGCACAAUGUCGAAGGAGGAGUCCAAAUACGGCUUCAAGGACAAGGCCAAGGCAGAAGAGUCGUUGGAACUGCUGAAGAGCGAAGAUCACAAAUAUCAGGUGCUGACGGUCCGAGGGCUGCUCGGAAGGGCCAAACGGGUGCUGACUCUUACUAAAGCAGCAGAUAAGGUGAAGAACAUCAAGGAAGCCAUCGAAGUAUUCGAAACCUGGAUCGAAGAGAACUCCAACAGCUCUUCGAAAAAUACCAAACCCAAGGAUACCGAAGAGAAAGUGGACACUGUACCGGGUCUCGGUUUCAAAGACAAACAAGCAGCAGAAAAAACACUGAAAAUCUUAGAGGGCCGCGAUCCCGAUUACCAAAAACUUGCCGUGAAGGGCCUUCUAGGGAGUGCCAAACGCGUUCUACCGUCGACGAAAAAUGAAGAAAAGAUCAAAGCCAUCAAAGAGGCGGUGGCUGUGCUGGAGGAUUUCCUGGAAACCUUCGACCGCGAGGAACGAUCCAAGCAGAAUAUGGCGUACCUACCGAUCGAGUUAAUCAAGCCAUGUCUAGUGAAAUUCUCCCCUGAUAAACUAGCAGCGGAGUUCGUCGAAUGCUACGAUAAAGUUGCCAAAGGUAACUACAAACACCUGCGGACGAAAACUCCGAAAGAUGACGACAGCACCAGUUGGGAUAUCCUGCGCAACAAGAGCCUGCUCAAGUUGAAAGAAAGUGUCAAGAAAUCAGGCGAGAAGCUGUUUAAUUCGGAUGGUCAGCCGACCGAAAUGCACCUGAAGAUGAUAAGCUGGGCGUACAGUCCCAACGUGGACAAGCUGAAGGUCUAUUGCGCGAGUUUGGGAAAAGCAGCCGCCCAAAAGCGAUCACAUUCCGAGUCAUCCGAUAGCGAUAGCGAAGAUGAACCGGAAGAUAAGAAGAAAUCGAAAAAAUAAACUCAAUAGUGUGCAGUGUUUAUUGUGGUGAAGGACAUCAUUUGUUGGUUGAAAAAUAAAUUCUCUAAAUUAAUGACACGAAUAGUAAUUUAAUAUGAAAUUCUAUACGACCUGUUGAGAACUUUUUUCAAAAUCCCAUGCAUGUUAUCGUGAAACUUUCUAUAUUGGCUGUGUCAGCUGGUUAUGAAGCAUUAUCGCACUUCCCGUUUCCGCUCGUCAAUAUAAUAAUUAGUAUACUCGUAUUUCAUAUCGGCUCAAAUAUCUAUUCCAGAACAGGUUGUUUCAGAAACUUGCGCGUGUCGACUUGCAGUUUGAUUGUUAUUAUGUUCGAUUAUACUAAAUGUAAUUUGAUUGUUUGUGGAGGAAUUUUCAAUUCAAAGUACGUAUUUUGUAAAUUGUACUCUUGUGUGUCAAAAAAACACGCAUAAUCAACGAUUAACGGGGUCACCUUCAGUCUCAGUCGCAGAAAUCAUGCAAUACUGUAAUUUUACAAACU